UUCAUCUGCAGCUGCUUCCCCACCUAGUAGUACUGGCGCGCCAGCGCUGAUGUCAACAUCCGGAGUUGCUCCCACUGGAUCUUCCUCUACUUCGCUGUUGCCAGAAGGCGCAGCCGCUGCUGUUCCUGGCUCUAUUGAUGGCGACGCCGCGGCUGCACCGACCUAUGAGCAGAGCCCCUCGUCGAUGCAUCAUGAAGAAGGCAACGUCGAAGGGGAUUCUGUGGCCGAGGCGAUACGAACUUUGGACGACUUUGAACCGAUCCUCGAUGAACAAACUGCAGCAGUACUAACAGGCCGUGGUCCUGAUCAUGAUCCGUCUCAGGCACCACUACUGACGGACCACCAACAACAGAACCAAUGGCAAGAACAGCACAUCGCGCCACAGCCAGUAGCUUACAACCACCAAGGACAUGGUCCCUAUCCCACUUUUCCUCACGGAAUUCCUCCGUCCCUGGUGAAUUACGUGCAGCACGGGCAAUCAGGAUCGCAAUAUCCGUACGUCGCCAAUGGUAGUCCAGUACCACCUGUUCUACAGCCUCCGUAUCCCGGAACUCCCGCAUCAAGUGUAGUUCCGCCUGUUGCGGCCCCAAUCUUUCCCGCUGCUGGAGAGCUACAGGGCGCAACAAGUACAGCUGAACUCCCAUUGCUGCC